GGGUGAUAUUGAGGCAGGGUAGCAGCAGCAGCACCGGCUGACUCAACCUUCAGUUUCUGCUUCACUUUCAGCCGUCCUGCACUCCUCAGGUGGCCCAAAUCUGACACCAUAUGGACGGCACUGGCUUUACCUGAGUCAUGGACAUCAGCGGAGGACAUCUCACGGUGUAGCCAGGAGGUUUCGUUGACUGCCAGAGAAUCAUGGAGCCAGAUGUGAUCCGCAUGUACAACUCCUCCCCGCCCCCCAUGGAGGACGCUGGCGAGGAGGAGGACGAGUUUGGAGACUUUGACACCUUCUCCAAUGUCCCGAACAGCAUCAGCUUCACAGAAUUUGACACCCCAGCCACUUUUAACCAGAAUCAAGCUUUCAGCGCCACCUCCCCGCCCGAGCUCCUGAGCAAAGGGGUGACGGGGUUCAGCCACAGCUCCUCUAACGGCACUCACAACAACGACCUGUCCAAGGCUAAUGGCGUGGUGCCGGGGAGCCACCUGCCCAGCGGUCCCUCAGAAAGAACUGAGAUUAAAAAGGUCCUUUCAGGCUCGAUGGAUAUCCCUGUGAGUGGCACAGCCGGCAGCGAGCCGGCGGACUGUAACGGUGGGGGCACUGAGGUGUUAACAAACGGGUUUGCAACCUCCGAUGUGCAGGGAAGCCCGUCUUCGCAGGAUUCUGUCCACUCUUGUAAAAAAGGAAAGUCAAAUGAGGACAGCGUUCUCGCCGGCAGCCCAGAGGACGAUUUUGCAGACUUUGCUGCUUUUUCCAAUGCUGAAGGACACCUCAGCCAGACGGCUAACGAGGACUCGGACAAUCCCGCGGGAGGCAGCUUGUUGGCGGAGGCUGCCUGCCACGAGGAGCACUGUAAUAUAGAGCAGGAAACGACAUCAGAGGACAAAGACAGGGAUACAAACAGAACUGGACCCGACUCAUGUGGCUCUGAUUCUGACUCUGGUCCCACUGAGGCCCCGGACGGCUCGUGCAACACGGACCGGGGCCCUCACUCUGACUCUGAACAAAGGGAUGUAGCCUUUGCACAGGAGGCCUCAGAGGCCGUUUGCACUAACAGACCCCUCACCCUGAAUGGGGGGGAUGUAGCCCACAGGGAUGACUCCAGAGACGGAGGCAGUGAAGACGAGCUCUCGCCUGACGCUGCUGCAGACCGGGAGGUGGGACAGUUUGACGGUAAGGGCUCCGGGAACGAGACAGAGACAGAAACGGAGACGGAGACGGAGACGUCGUUUGGCCGGCCACUUUCGACAGAAGCUCUGGAGGAGUUUGGGGACAUGAGCACUACCGGCUCGGUGCCCUCUCCGCCCCUCCAAGGAGAGACUGCCACGCCUGCCGACUACAGCCAGCUAGCCGAGGACGACGAGGACUUUGGGGAUUUUGGAGACGCGGGCUCAUUCAGCGGUCAGGGCUUUGCAGACUUUGAACAGCUGGACGAACAGCAGGAGCCGAGCCGGCCGGAGAGCCCUGCUCCUGCUCAGGAAGCUACACACACUGAGGAGGAGCAGAAGCAGCAGCAGGAGGAGGAGGAGGAGGACGACGACUUUGGAGACUUUAACUCCCCCAAACUUCACGCCAGUGGAAGCGUGGGGGAAGAGGACGGAGGCAGGUUUGCAGACUUCCCCAUCAGCGACAGCUUCGGGAACUUCAGCUCGGCCGCAGAAGCCGCAGACGGGGAGGCCGAUGCAGGGUGGAACGCCUUCGGGGAUCAGCAAGUGGAGGAGGAGGAGGAGUCCUGGGCGGCGUUCAGCGAGGAGCCAAGCGUCGCACCUCCUGCAGAGAGCAGAGCGGAGGAGGAGGAGGAGGAGGAGUGGCAUGAAAGUGAAGUUCCCGCUGUCAGCGAGGAGACCAGCAGGACGGACAGACAGUCGGCGUUGCUGUCCAGCCGGCUGGAGAAGCUGUUUCAGGGCAGCUUCCCUCAGACGGCCGCCCCCUCGGUGGAGGACGAGGUCACGUCUCUGAAGGACCUGCUGGAUCCUCUAGAGGAGAAACAUGAGCCUGGAGCCGAGGAGAAGGAGCAGAGAUCACCAUGCAGCAGGUCUGUGCAUGGCGGCGUGUGGACGCAGCUUCAGGACAUCCACGAAUCGUUUGGCCUCAGAUACCAGUGGGGGGGCUCCUACUGUAACAAAGCACUACUCUGCUGCCUGGGCAUCGACACCCGGAACAUUCUGUUCACGGGACAGAAGAAGCAGCCGGUCAUCGUGCCCAUGUACGCCGCCAGCCUGGGGAUGCUGGAACCCACCAAAGAGCCCGUGAAGCCCGUCUCUGCAGCGGAGAUGAUCGCCUCGAUCGCCCAGACUCCUCCGCCGGCACCAGAGAAAGCCUCCUGUCCCUCAGACGCAGCCCCGCAGGAGGCGCUCCCCCCCGUCCAGUUUGACUGGAGCAGCAGUGGCCUUACCAAUCCUCUUGACGCCAGCGGAGGCUCUUCUCUGUUAAAUCUGGAUUUCUUUGGUCCUGUGGAGGAUUCAGGCUCCAGCAGCUCUCCCUCCAUCCCAGGCGUGGACCCGGAGCUGUACGAGCUGACCACAGCCAAGCUGGACUCGGGCAGCUCGGGGCGUCGGGUUGCUGACGCCUUCGCCCGCCUGAUGUCCACCAUGGAGAAGACCAGCACCUCCACCAGGAAACCAAGGAAGGAGGAGAAUCUGAGCGACGAGGCGGCCAAAGUGAUCUCCUCCCUGCCCGACCUCUCCUUCAUGCAGGCCAAAGUGCUGAUGUUUCCCGCCACACUGAUGCCGCUCGGCUGCCAGGCAACCACAGACUAAAGCCCCGCCCCCUCAACUGACAUCAUCAACCGAUCCCUAAGCCCCGCCCCCUGACUUGGGCCAUUUUUAAACAGUUGUCAUUGUCUUCUUCUUUUGCUGCGGCUUCGCUCCUCCCUUUCAUACGUUCCUUUUAUUAAUUUGCGCUUUUCUUGGUCAGUUUAUCCUUUUUUUUUUUAUAAAGUAAAGCAUUUAUGAUCAUAGGGAGCGAGGGGGGGGGGGGCACUCAGAUGACAACGUGCACAGAAUAGUAGAUGAAUUAAUUUAUAGAGGAAGGUGUAGAAGUGUGUUCAUAUCUAGAGGAAUCAUCAUGUAUAUAUCAGGGAUUAAUGUUUAAUUUCCUUCUCUCUUUUUUAUUCUGAAUGAUUUCUGGAUGGUUUUACGUCUCGGAGUGUUGGUGUCUGUGAAGGAAACACUGGCUGAAUCAAGCUGAAGUGGUAUAUAUGUUUAAAUUAAUACAUUUAUAUACAUAUAUAUAAAAGCUAUAUAUAUUUAUCGACUUGAAACCACACUGCCUGCAGAAUCCAGCUGAUUGUCUUGUCCCCGUCUCGUUGUGUUUAAAGGCCUUAGUUCUACCCGUAGAUUUUAACGUUUCUUUAACCCGCUGUGUCUUCUCUCUGUUUGUAAUUUAACAGCUUUUUAACGUAAAUUAUGUCACACCCUAUUUACUUUUGCUGCAGUCCAUCCUCAGUUUCUAGAACGGAGGAGGACUGUUUAUAUUUUAUAUUUACCGACUAAACGCUGACGUGUCUUUUCAUUUUUUAUUCCAUGUUUGAUUUCUACAUAUUCCAGCUUUUGGCUAUGAAACCAGUUUCCUUCCUUGUUUGUGUCCACACUCACUGCUCCUUUGUUGUUGUUUUGGGGUUAAAACAGGACUUUUUUGGGGUUAAAACCACUUUAACUUAAGGGUUCUCGUCAGUGAAGGUCGACUCGCAUCAGAAGGGAAUUAAGGGACCAAUUUCUGCUUCCUCGUGUCGGGUUUUGUUCUCCGUUCCUAAUAUGAAGUGCUUUUUCGUUGUUGCCGCUCUUAUUUGCUCAUGUUUUGUUGUUUUUCUUUGCUCAUACUACUGUCAGCCCCGUCUCCCAGGAGGAUUUUGCACAUUGUAAAGAUGAAAUGGAUGUAAUCAUAGUUCACUGUGGCUUUAGACUGUGUACAGUUAAACUAUGGACUGUAAAAUGUUACGGGAAAAUUCCUAUGGAAAAAAACUGAAUCACUUGAAGAGCCUGUCAAAAGGUUAUCGUGCAUGCCCGGGUUCUUUUGAGACUAUAAGUGUGUAAAUUUUACUUUUAGUGUACACAAGAAAUUAAAAUAGUUAUCUUCUC